AUGGCUAACAUGGAACACAAAGUGAAUACAUAUUGGAAAAAUGUCCUCACUAUUGUGCCGAUUGUAGGGGCUGGGGUGGCUACUAUGAUCUACCUGUUACGUCUCUACUGCAGGCGGAUGAAAGCGGUGGGGCUUCAGCUGGAAGAUUACCUAAUGGGAGUCGGUCUGAUCAUCUCCUUCGCUGUGACGGCUUUUGUAGUAGAUACCGCCUUCAAUGGUGUCGGUCUCCCCAUCGCAUCGCUCCCCAAACAUGAACGGCAGCGUGUUCAAUUCGGAUCAUGGAUGAUACAAAAAUUCUGGGCCCCGUCAAUGGCAUUUGUCAAGAUCUCGAUUGUCAUCUUUAUCAAACGACUGUUCGGCUCGAUCCGGGCAUACGUCGUUAUUUCCUACUGUCUGGUCGGAUUUAUCGCCACAUGGGCUCUCGCUGCCCUGUUGACCAAUAUCUUCCAAUGCACACCGGUGCAAUACUACUACAACAAAAAUUUGAAAGGACACUGCAUGUCGGGACAGGUUCAAUUCUUCCAGACUAUGGGCUCGAUCGCAUUGAUUGAAGAUAUUAUCAUCCUCUGUCUGCCAAUUCCUGUAUUUUGGAAGUUACAGAUCAACACUCGGCAGAAAAUAGCGUUAAUCCUGGUGUUUUCUCUGGGUGGACUUGUCUGCAUCUUCAGCCUGAUGCGCCUGAUUGAAUUCCGCGAAUUUCAACUCACCGACCUUGCGGCCUCAAGUGCUAAAGAGUCCAUCUGGACUUGCCUCGAACUCGACGUGGCCAUCAUUUGUGGCUGUCUGCCGUUCCUUAACCCACUCGUGCAAGGUGUCCGCAGCAAAGUCAGAAGUGAAGCCUCAAAGUAUCAUUCUCAACCUUCUACCGGAUCCAACUUGCAUUUACGCACGUUGCGGGGAAACAAAGGCGAGUUUCGAACGCUCAAUAGUGAUUGUGGAGCGUCAACGCACUCAGAUAGCCACAAUGCCAUGACUACGGCAAGCCAAAAGAGCUCCGAUAUGGAGAAUAAUACCCAAGUUGUGGACGGGCGGUCCAACAAUAUCAUGGCUUCAUAA